AUAUACCAGGCGUGGCUGCAUUAUCAGCCAACAGUACCAACUCAACAGUCCUAUAGUGAAUAGGAGGUAGAGUUUAUCUAGUGCAAUCAUGAAAUUUUUGGUGUUUUUGUCCAGUGCCUUAGCUGUGGCAUCAGCUGUGUAUUUAGGACCACAACACAUUCCAGUCAUCGGGCCAAAUGGGGUUCCCAUAGAACCGCAGGAAGUUCAAGCUGCACGUGCCCAACACUUGGCAGCUUUGGUUUCUGCCCAUGGAGGACUAUCCUCAGCCGGAGCUUACUAUGCCCCCUCAGUGCCGUUUACCGCCUUCUCCGUACCAAAUCUGGGUCAGAACGCUCUGCCUCAGGACACUCCUGAAGUGGCUAACGCCAAAUUGCAACACUUCCAAAACUUUGCCAUUGCUGCUCAAAGAAAUGGGGUGCAAGUUCCUCUGAUUUCAUCUCCCCUGAUAUCCCUCGGCGGCCUAAAUCCUAUGGAAACUCCAGAGGUGCAACUGGCCAAAGCUGCCCAUUUCCAAGCCCAUGCUGAAGCUGCUGCUCGAGCUGGUCAAGCCUCACUUUACGGCCAUUCUCGAAAACGUCGUGCCAUUUACGGAGGUUUUCAUAUUCCAGUGAUUGGACCCAAUGGAGUUCCAGUGGAAACUCCGGAAGUUCAAGCAGCUAAAGCUAAUCAUUUGGCCGCUCUAACUGCCGCUAGUUCCAGGGGUGGAUAUUCCGGAUAUAAUGACGGCUCCUAUUCUGGUGCUUUCAAUCCCGCUGCUUUUGCUGAGCCCAACCGUCGCUACUUCGGACCACAAGCCACUAUUGGACCUAAUGGACAACCAGUGGAGACUCCUGAAGUACAAGCAGCGACAGCUUUCCACCUUGCUGCUCAUGCUGCGGUAAGAUCAGGAGCCCACCUUGGUCUUCCAGGACAUUACUAUUAGAGUGCUUAAUGGAUUUGAUUCGUAAAAAGUUUUUUGGAAUGAUAAUUAAAUUGUAUUUACUAUUGUAAAGCAAAAUUGCUGUUGUGUAAAUAUGCUUUCAAUGGGCUAAAUUUACGCUGCAAUUUAGUAGAAAUAUGUUUUAGAUAUUUUUGAAGCUUCGCGUGGAAAAUGAGGCCACCGAAAUAGUUUAGUCACCAGACUAGACGUGGUUCUCAUUAUUUGUGUUACCUUUGUAUAUUUUUGUAAUUAGUUGUAAUUAAAACUAAGUAGCUCAAUGGAUAUCGUGCAAUAAAUGUACAUCAGAAA